AUGGUUAGUGAUAAUGGGAAGCAAUUUGCCGAGAAUCCCUUCAAAACAUGGUGCCAAGACAUGGACAUACAGCAAAGGUUGACCUCAGUAGCUCAUCCCCAAGGCAAUGACCAGGUGGAGGUCAUGAACAAGGCCAUAUUGGGAGGAAUUAAGGUCAGAACUACCCCAAGAGGAAACACCCAGGAAACUCCAUUUAGCCUGGUAUAUGGAACGGAAGCCGUAAUCCCACCAGAACUAACUGUUUCUACACAAAGAGUCAUUAAUUUUGAUCCUGCUCAGAAUGAGGAAGCCUUUAGAGAAAACUUGAAUUUGAUCGAGGAAAUAAGAGAAAUGGCCCACAUUCGCCAAGCAGAAAACAAGAGACAAAUGGCAAAGUACUAUAACAAGAAAGUACGCCCUAUAACCUUCAAGGUAGGAGACCAUGUCUGGAGAAAAAAUGAGGCAAGUAGAAGGGAAGACCUUGGCAAGCUAGGCCCAUACAAAGUCAAGGAGGAAAAAGGGAAUGGAUCAUACAUCCUAACAAAGCUUGAUGGGUAUCCAGUACCCAGAACUUAG